AAAAUAAAUGUGAAACAAUAAAAAUAAUAAUAAAUAAUAAUUUUAUAUAGUUAUAUAUACAUAUAAGAUGAUGUAUUAUGGAAAAUUUAUAUAUUUUACACGCUUGGAAACUUUAUUAUGCACAAGAAAUUGUUUAUUAAAUUUUUAUCAAAAUGCAUCAAAAAGUGUAUUAAAGUAUAUAAAAGAAACAAUUCUUCCAUCAAAACCAAAGAAACCAAUAUCUCCUUUUCUUUUAUAUGUAAGAGAUAUUAAAUUCAAAAUCAAACAAGAAGAACCUGAUACAAAAUAUUCAGAAAUAUUGAAAAAAGCAUCCAAGGGAUGGGCAGAAUUAAAUUCUGUUGAAAAGGAAAAUUUUACAAAACAAUACAUAAAAAAUUAUGAAAUAUAUACAAAGGAAUUAAAGGAAUAUAAUAAUUCUCUUACUAAUGAACAAAAGCAAUUAUGGGAGAAAAAAAAAAAAGAAUAUGAAGAAUCUAAUAAAGAAAUUAAUAAUAAACAGAAAUAUAAAAUACUUGGUAAACCAAAAAAACCACCAAAUACAUAUUUAUUAUAUGUAUCAUCUAAAAAAAAUGAAAAAGAUCCAAAUAUAUCUUUCAAGGAUUGGUUAAAAUCAAUGUCAAUAAGUUGGAAUAAAUUAUCAAAUAUAGAGAAGGAACCAUAUGUCAUUAAAACUAUGCAAUUACAAUCGCAAUACAAAGAAGAUUUAGAGAAAUGGGAAAUGGAAAUGAUACAUUCAGGUCAUUCUGAUGUUGUAAGACUUCAAACUUUAAUGAAAUAUAACCUUCAUAAAAAUGAACAUAAAAAUAAAUAAAAUUAAAACAUUUA